UUUAUAAAGCAUUUUAGAUAAGUAUAAGAAGGCAUGAUAUGAGUUUGCAUAGAACGUUUAAAGAAAAUGUUGCUCAGUAGUUCAGUGAUUUUGUUAAUAUGCGUAGGCUUCAGUCAACAAUAUACAGAAGAUCAGCUACGGAGUCUCUUGAGUUAUGAUUGUUCCACAGACGGCAGCAUUGAAGUACGAGGGGUCCCAAAUGAGUAUACGGUGUCUGUGAUCAGUACCCCUUGCACGAUCUACCUAACUGCUCCAGGGGAAUAUAACAUUCCUAAUGGAUGCAAGACUUAUAACUACUGGGGAUACCAGCAUGGCUACCCAACUGAUGGGUAUUAUAGGACCACUUAUCGGUAUUACACAACUACUCAAUGGUACUACACCUCCACCACUGAUUACUAUGGUGAAGUCGACAUCUCCGUAUCUCACGGAACUCACUCUGGGAUUGUGGGAGGGAGAGAUCAUCAUGAGUUCCGCUUGAUCUGUGACAGCCUGCAUUCGGGUGGAAAGAUGUAUCGAGUGACGGGUGUUGUCAACAUAGACACAAGCUCCAAUCAUGUGCUACCAACCUUAUCAUAUCGACAUCAAAAACAACAUCGUGCUGGCUACUACCAGUAUCCUGAUCUUCGUAUGACGGAUAGUGAAGGGCGGUCAGUCUAUAGCACUCACACUGGACAGCUGAUCUACCUCCUUAUAUCCUCCCACGAUCCACGAUAUAUCGUCCGUCCAGAAAACUGUUCAGCCGAGAGCACCUAUUACCCAAGCCAUAAAGUGGAACUUUUUGAUGUACAUCAUUCUGGCUGUCUACUGGAGCCCUACCUGAUGGAGAUGUUCAGUUCCGUGGGUCACGGCCAGAGCAGCGUCAGGGCACCUGUCUACUCCUUCCACUUCCCAGGGGCAAGUUAUGUCACCUUCAUCUGUAACGUCCGCAUCUGUACCAAAUCCUCUUACAACUGCGACCUGGGUGUGUGUAAAUCCAAAAGAGCCGCUCGUGACGUCAGUGAUGACGGGGUACAUGGUCGUGAUCAGCUGUCUGUGUCGGUGUACGUAGGACGUCAAGCGUCAGGAGUGGGGAAGCUGUUGCAAUCGUCCACGCUCGCUAUUGUGAUCAUUCUCGCCUGGAUCAAUGUAUUUCUUUAAUGAUGUCUGUACAGGAACAGUGACAGACUAAGCAGUUAUCCGAUAUGUCGAUACAUACAUGUACAUGAUGCAUGACUUUAAAAAUCUGAAAUACAUUUAUAUCAUUUGAA